CCCAGACCGCCCGUUGCGCGCCGGCGCCUGCGCAGUGGCCUCCGAGCGCCGCGACGGGAAUGGCGGCCGUUUUGGAGUCGCUGCUGCGAGAGGAGGUCUCGGUCGCAGCCGCCGUGCGGUGGAUCUCGCGCAGCUCCCAGAGUUCUGAGGAUGACCCGGCAGAGGCGGCCGCACUCCGCUCACUGCAGCCGCUGCGGAAGGAAUUCGUGCCGUUCCUGCUGAACUUCCUGAGGGAACAGAGCAGCCGCGUCCUCCCGCAGGGCCCCCCAACCCCUGCCAAGGCCCCGGGCUCCUCGGCAGCCCUGCCCGGGAGGCCGGGGGGCCCGGCGCGGGGCGGCCGCGGGGCGCGCAGCCAGCUGUUCCCUCCGAUGGAGCCCUCGAGCUCCGCCGAAGCGCCUCUGGCCCGCCGCGGGGGCAGGAGGCGGGGCCCGGGGCCGCCCCGCGAGCGCGGGGGCCGCGGCCCCGGGGGCCUGGAGGAGGGAGCCGGCGGGGAGAGCCUGCCCUGGACCGGAGCCCGGAGGCCGAGGGGCUCCGGCAGCCCCGGCCCCGCGCGCUGUGAUCCGCCAAACCUCAGCAACCUGGAGGAGUUCCCUCCCGUAGGCUCGGUGCCCCCCGGCUCCGCAGGCAGGACGAAGCCAUCACGCAGGAUCAACCCAACACCGGUGAGCCAAGAGCGGUCUCUCUCCAAACCCAAGACAUGCUUCACCUCACCCCCCAUCAACUGUGUCCCCAGUUCCCAACCCUCAGUCCUGGACACUAGCCCUUGGGGCCAUGGCCUCCCCCCAGGGUGCAGAAGUCUGCAAGAGGAGCGGGAGAUGCUCAGGAAAGAGCGCUCUAAGCACCUGCAGCAGUCACCUACUCCCACCUGUCCCACUCCAGAGUCGGGGUCUCCCCUCCCCAACCGGACAGGAAACCUCACAGCCGAGCCCGCUGACCCUGCGAGAGUAUCUUCCCGCCAGCGCCUGCAGCUGGUAGCCCUGGUCUACUCUAAGUGCAUAGCGGAGAACCUGGUACCAAACCUCUUCUUGGAGCUUUUCUUCAUCCUUCAGCUCCUUACUGCCCGGAGGAUGGUGGGCACCAAGGACAGUGAGCCUGAGCUGAGCCUAGGAACCGCCGAGUCCCUGGAAAGCCCGCUGUUCCAGAAUGUCCAUGACUGCGUCUUCUUUGCAGUGCAGGUUUUGGAGCAUCAGUUUCAAGUUCUUUCCUACUUGGAUAAAGGGACCUUGAAGCUAUUAGCUGAAAAUGAGCGGCUGCUGUGUUUCUCUCCAGCUCUGCAAGGCCGCCUUCGUGCUGCCUAUGAGGGCAGUGUUGCUAAGGUCUCUCUGGCAGUGCCACCUUCUGCUCAGGCUGUCUCCUUCCAGCCAGAAACUGACAACCGUGCCAACUUUUCCAGUGACCGAGCCUUUCAUACUUUUAAAAAACAGAGAGAUGUGUUUUAUGAGGUGCUUCGAGAAUGGGAAGAUCGCCAUGAGGAACCUGGCUGGGAUUUUGAGAAGGGCCUGGGCAGCAGGAUCAGAGCCAUGAUGGGUCAGCUCUCUGCAGCCUGCAGCCACAGCCAUUUUGUUCGACUUUUCCAAAAACAACUUCUCCAGAUGUGUCAGGGUCCAGAUGGUACAGGGGGCCCUGUCUUGGGCGAGACUCCUGAUGUGCUAAAUAUGCUUGGAGCUGACAAGCUGGGGCGGUUGCGACGUCUCCAGGAAAGACUUGUGGCUCCUCAAAGCAGUGGGGGGCCCUGCCCACCCCCUACCUUCCCAGGCUGCCAAAGCUUCUUCAAGGACUUCAUCCUGAGUGCCAGCAGCUUCCAGUUUAAUCAGCAUCUCAUGGAUAGUCUAAGUUUGAAGAUCCGGGAGCUCAACAGCCUUGCCUUACCUCAACCUGAGCCUAGUGAUGAAGACGGAGACUCAGACGUGGACUGGCAGGGUGAACGAAGACAAUUUGCUGUGGUGCUACUCAGCCUGAGGCUUCUGGCUAAAUUCCUGGGCUUUGUGGCUUUCCUGCCCUACCGGGGGCCUGAACCACCCCCAACUCGGGAGCUCCAGGACUCUCUUCUGGCCCUGAGGAGCCAGGUGCCCCCUGCCCUGGAUGUGCGGGCCCUGCUCAAGCAGGGGCUGCAAACCCGCCGGACAGUGCUCACGGUACCCUGGUUGGUGGAGUUCCUAUCUCUGGCUGACCACAUCGUGCCCUUGCUGGACUAUUACCGCAGCAUCUUCUCUCUCCUGCUCCACCUGCAUCGGAGCUUGGUCUUGUCGAAGGAAAGUGAAGGGGAGAUGUGUUUCCUCAACAAGCUGCUGCUGCUUGCUGUCCUAGGCUGGCUUUUCCAGAUCCCUACAGUUCCUGAGGACUUAUUCUUUCUGGAAGAGGCUCAGAUGGACACCUUUGAAGUGGACACAGUAGCAGCUGAGCAUGGCUUGGAUGGCAUGCCUGUAGUGGACCAGCACCUGCUCUACAUCUGCUGCCCCUACAUUGGAGAGCUUCGGAAACUGCUGGCUUCCUGGGUGUCUGGCAGCAGCGGGCGGAGUGGGGGUUUCAUGAGGAAAAUCACUCCCACCACCACCACUGGCCUGGGCACCCAGCCUCCCCUGAGCACCCAGGGGCUCCAGGCCCAGCUCGCACAAGCCUUUUUCCACAACCAGCCUCCCUCCCUGCGCAGGACCGUCGAGUUUGUAGCAGAGCGAAUUGGCUCCAACUGUGUCAAACAUAUCAAGGCCACACUGGUGGCAGAUCUGGUGCACCAGGCCGAGUCGCUUCUUCAGGAACAGCUUGUGUCACAAGGACAGGAAGGGGGUGAUCCAGCCCAGCUGUUGGAGAUCCUGUGUUCCCAGCUUUGCCCCCACGGGGCUCAGGCACUGGCCCAAGGGCGGGAGUUCUGCCAGAAGAAGAGCCCUGGUGCUGUGCGGGCGCUACUUCCCGAGGAGACCCCUGCCGCUGUUCUGAGCAGCGCAGAGCACAUUGCUGUUGGGCUUGCAACAGAGAAAGCCUGUGCUUGGUUGUCAGCCAAUAUCACAGCACUGAUCCGGAGAGAGGUGAAAGCUGCAGUGAGUCGCACACUUCGAGCCCAGGGUCCAGAAGCAGCUGUCCGGGGGGAGCGGAGGGGCUGCUCCCGUGCCUGUGAGCACCGCGCUCCCCUCCCCUCCCACCUCAUCUCCGAGAUCAAAGAUGUGCUUGCUUUGGCCACUGGGCCCCGGGACCCUGAGGAGGGAGUUUCUCCAGAGCACCUGGAGCAGCUCCUGGACCAGUUAGGCCAGAUGCUCCAGUGCCGCCAGUUUCUGUGCCCACCUGCUGAGCAGCAUCUGGCAAAAUGCUCUGUGGAGCUAGCGUCCCUCCUUGUUGCCGAUCAGAUUCCUAUCCUGGGGCCCCCAGCACAGCACCGGCUGGAGCGUGGGCAGGCCCGAAAACUCCUGCAUAUGCUGCUUUCCUUGUGGAAGGACAAUUUUCAGGUGCUGGUUCCACUGCAGCUACUGCUAAGCCCGAGAAAUGUGGGACUUCUGGCCCACACUCGGCCAAGAGAGUGGGACCUGCUGUUGUUCUUGCUCCGGAAGCUAGUAGAGCAAGGUCUGAUGGGACAGGUGGAGAUAGAAGCUUGCUUGGACAACCUCCGUGAGGCCCAGUGGCCAGAGGACUUCUCAGAAGAACUUGCCACUUUGUUCAACCUGUUUCUAGCUGAACCCCACAUGCUAGAACCCCAGCUAAGGGCCUGUGAGCUGGUACAGCCAAAUCGGGAGACUUUGCUGGCCCAGAGCUAGGACUUGGAAAUGGCCCUAGAUUGGGCAUCUCACCAGCCCCAUUUGCCUGCCUCAAGUGCCCACCGCUGACCCUUGUGAGUCUGCAGUCAAGGCUUGCCUGGUUCAGAAUUAUGGUGGACAAGCCUAGGACUCCAGAGUCCUGCAAAGGAAGAAUUGGCAGUUAUCAUUUGGAUACUAAAUGGAAUGAUGUGUUGGACAUUGAGCCCUAUUUGCUGCUAUUCCAGCAUUGAAUAAAACUGUGGUUCAGGAAAUCAUGACAGAGACAACUUCUUAUCUGCUUGUAAGUAAAAUAUGAACCUUGGGAGUCUCCUGUCCUGACAGACUGGCUCUCCUGUGCAGGCAGCAGUCCAGCUCCACCUAAGAGCCACAUGAAAACUUCAGAGCUUUUUUAAAUAAACUCUUUUCCUUA